UUUUUGCCAAUUAUUGUGAGCCGAACAUGCCGAACGACGCAGAAAUGGAAGUUGAUGAUGGGACAACUAAGGAUUGGAAAAACUGGGACCAGCUUUCUCUUCAUUCCUUUACUGAUGAAGAUUUUCUGGAACUGGAACGUGGUGGAAACACUCGCCGACAGACCGUAGAUUAUGAUGACCUCUCUCUGUGUUCAGUCAGCGAGACAGAUUUUCUGUCUGAUGAGGACCGUGACCACCAGGAGAAUCCACUUCCGGAUAAAAGCCUGAAUCAUGUUAUGGAGGACGAAGCCCAGGCCCAUCUUCCUUCCUCUGUGAGAGCCGUGACCAAGCCUUGUGCCACUAAUGACGUGCACCCCACCAUGGUAGACGAGAAGAGGCACGACAGGGUUAGGGUUAGUGCCACUCUUAGUGCGACAAGAGCCAUGAAAAGGUUCCAAAAGUCCCUGGUUGCCCUGGAACAGGACCUUAUGAAAACCAAGGCGGACAUCCUCAACACCAACGAGUACUUCAAAGAGAUGUCUCGUGUGAAGAUCCAGGGACAAGGCCGGAUGGGUGCGUCUCUGAGAAAACUCGUAGAUAACGUCAGAGGGAAAAGGCUCCAGAGGGUUCAGGCGCAUAAGUAUAUACAGGUCAGACAAGAUUUCGAUGCACUGAUCCAAGUGAUCCAGAACGACUGCAGAGCUGAAUUCAAUAUGACGGGCCUGGAGGACUGGAAGAGAGAGGUUAAGAGGCUGCACAUGGCCUGCAAGGCCUGCACUGAGAGGGUCCAAACACCUGAGGUGUGUAGUUCCCCACCACAGGUCCAACCCUCUCAGGAACAGAAGUCCUCCAUCCAACCCUUUGAUCUAUCUGAGACAGAGCCCACUCUUGUGGUCCCCUUCGCUAUUGAGGAUGCCACGGACUCACCCCCUCUGACUCCUCCGACACCCGAGGCCCUCCUCCCCAACCAGCAGCUUCCCCGGGCUUUGACUCCCCUCAACCAUGUUGGAGCUGUGAGUCCUACAUGGCCUGAGACUUCGCCUGCUGUGGGGUAUUUAACCCCCCCUUGUCUGGCACCAAUCCAAAACUUGAGCACUGUUGCAAAGAAGCUGCUCCAAGAACUGGAAGAGCUCCAGCAGGAUGUGACGGAGGAGAAGAAGAUUGGCAAAGGGGAGAAGACGUAUGUCAAACAACUGACUGUGUUGGAAGUCAGUAGCAAACAGCCAGAGGGAAACAAUGUGAAGGAGGAGAUAAAAAAGAAAAAGAAGAAUGUGGGAAAGAGGUUUCUCCAGUGGCUGUCGAGAAAACUCAUAUGCGGCUGUUGUUCAGAUGUGUAACAAACAUGCAUGCAUACUCAUACU